CAUUUUAGUCGGAUGUUUCCUUACACAGUACAAUCAUUUUAAAAAAAUUGUUCAGCAGGAUAGAAAUUGUUUUCCAUAUUCAAUAGAUAUAUAAAAAUUAUUUCGGUUAAAAGACAGAAACUUGCGGGAUUAUGAUGCCCUCCAAGUCCAGCAAAAAGGGUGCAAGCGACGGCAACCUGCUCCGCUCCACGGACAGCGACUUUGCCCUACAACUGAGGUCCGCACCGAAGCUCGUUUGUAUUCCACAGCAGCACCAGCAGCAUCGUCAGCGGCUGUUCAACUCGGAGAUCAGCAUACCUCUGCGUCCCAUGGAGUACGAGAUUUCCGACAAGUCUUGGUCGGUUCUGUACAUUGGGGCGGUCAAGAAUAAGAAUAAGAACUUGAAGUAGAGCUGAAUGCCCGCCGAUUGACGCUUUCGCCACCCAUCCCUUUGUGUCCGCUCUCAUCCUGAAGAAUUUUAAAUAAAAUAGAUUAA